ACAUGUGAGAGCCUGAGGAGUUGUUCGCCCUCUGUCCAUGUUCGAGGACUUGCUCUCUGUCUGCCUCCACUCUCUGCCUUCACUGUACCAAAGUUUGUCUGUUGAGUCUCCUCUAGUCUGCAAGAUAACGUGCAACCAGCAUCAGCACCGGCCCAAACAGCCCCUUCCAAACAGGCAGGUUGAGAACAUCCACUGCUUGUAUGGCGACAUAAUUCUGAAGACCCAAGCCUCCCCUGUGUUUACGGAUGACGAUGUCACCUUGUGUUAUCAGCAUCAGAGCGGCAAACACAAACAAACCAGCUUCUUUAAAAACGGAGCAUUGAUUGACUCUAACAGUUCGUCCGGUUCAGACCGAGUCAUAAAGAUGACUCUUAAGAAUGUGACACGGGAAGAUGAAGGCUUCUACAGGUGUGCGUCCCACGACAGACAGCUGCAGAGUCCAGAGAGCUGGUUAUCAGUGAGACCGGACAGAGGAAACUUCACAUCAGAGGAGACUCCAGCCUCCACUGGUUCCUGGAAAUGGAUCAUUGCUUCAUGUGGGGUUCUACUUCUGAUCGUCAUUCCUUUGACUGUUUGGCUCGUUUGUCACUACAGGUACCAGAAGUUCUGCACUUGGAGCUGCUGGCCUGUUUCCAAACAGGAAGUUCCAGCAGGGGUGCUUCCUGCCACCAAGUUGGAUGUGACGGAGGUGCAGUGGGACCUGUCGUGGAUGGAGAUGUCCAACCUGUUGGAAAAGGAUUCUUAUUGUGGCACUUAAAGGGAAACUCUCUUCUGAAGCCCAGAGACUUAACUAUUGGGUCAAACCUAUGAGAAAGCUCAGUCAGUGCUGCAAUUUGUAGUAUUUGAUGGUCACAUGUCAAAAUAGUGCUACCUGAUAUAUUUUUGAAUUGAAUUAAAUGAGAUGUUUAGGAUUUAUAAGGAUGACUACAUUUGCUGAUGGUGCAGAUUUGAUAGCUUCCAAUACAAAUGUUAUUGUUUCAGUUGUCACAUUUGUCAAUGUCAAUACUCUUGUACAUUUAAACGUCUCUCCUUUGAGUACAUUUUGAAACUAAGAAUCGUAUUUGUUAUAUCUUAUUAUCUAAUCAUUAAUAUAAUUGACUGUUCUAAAUCAUUUUACAUGUAUCAUUUCUCCUGUGUUUGUUCGAGGUUCCAUGUUGUUUGCUCCCUUUGAAUCGUUAUUUGCUAUUUCUU